AGCGGUGCGCUGCGCACAUUGCUGCGGAUGCACAGACGCGCCAUGCCUCGGUUUACGGUUCACGUACGAGACGAGUGGUUGGCCAUCCCGUGCCGAGACACCAAAAAUACAAUUCAAUGGCUCGGGCUCGAAGUCCUUAAACGAUACAUCAAGAACAAACCCGACAAUGGCGGCAUUACAUCUGUAAAAGACACCCGUUUUGUUGUGCGCCGGUGUCAAGGAUUAGGACUUUUGGACGCGGACGACACGAUUGAAGAUGUCCUGGAAGACAAUGACUUUGUCGAGCUCGCCAUAGAAGGGGACACUAUGUCUCCUGACUUUAUACCCUGUCAGCCUGGAGUGUCCCAUAUUACAGCAGCAUACAGAGAGCCUGAUGAGUCCAUUCUUCUUGAUGGCAACAGCCUUUCAUCAACUGAUCUGGUCAAUUUGGGCAGAGGUUUAUACAAGAUAAAGCUGACUUCAGAGGCAGAGGACAAAGUUGUGCAAUCCAGAGAACUUUUGGACACCAUUGUCAAGGAAAACAAAGUUGUCUAUGGAAUCACUACAGGCUUUGGCAAAUUCGCCCGCACUGUCAUUCCUGUCAGCAAACUCAAGGAGCUGCAGGAAAACCUGGUGCGUUCUCAUUCUGCAGGAGUGGGGAACCCAUUGAGCCCCGAGAGGACCCGCAUGCUGUUGGCUCUUAGGAUCAAUGUCCUGGCAAAAGGGUACAGUGGGAUCUCUUUAGAAACUCUACAUGCCAUGAUCCAGGCCUUUAAUGCAUCAUGUCUGUCCUUCGUCCCAGAGAAGGGGACAGUGGGAGCCAGUGGAGAUCUGGCCCCUCUCUCUCACCUGGCACUGGGGCUGAUGGGAGAGGGAAAGAUGUGGUCACCAAAGAGUGGUUGGGCCGAUGCCAAAUACGUCUUAGAGGCCCAUGGACUCAAGCCAAUAUCAUUGAAGCCCAAAGAGGGGCUUGCUCUGAUCAAUGGGACGCAGAUGAUCACCUCUCUGGGGGCAGAGGCAGUGGAGCGAGCCCAGGCCAUUGCCCAACAAGCAGACAUCAUCGCCGCUCUCACUCUGGAGGUGCUCAAGGGCACCACCAAGGCUUUUGACAGCGACAUCCAUGCACUAAGGCCUCACCCUGGACAGACUGAAGUGGCUCUGCGUUUCCGAUCUCUUCUAGACUCUGAUCAUCAUCCAUCUGAGAUCGCAGAAAGUCAUCGUUUCUGUGACAGAGUGCAGGAUGCCUACACCAUGCGAUGCUGUCCUCAGGUUCAUGGAGUUGUCAAUGACACAAUUAAUUUUGCCAAAAACAUCAUCAAUACAGAAAUCAACAGUGCCACAGACAACCCUAUGGUGUUUGCAGAAAGAGGGGAAACUAUUUCAGGUGGUAACUUCCACGGAGAAUACCCAGCAAAGGCACUGGACUUUUUAGCUAUUGCAGUGCAUGAGCUAGCUGCCAUCAGUGAGCGGAGGAUUGAGAGGCUGUGUAACCCGUCCUUGAGUGAGCUACCAGCCUUCCUCGUCAAUGAAGGAGGACUCAACUCUGGGUUUAUGAUUGCUCACUGCACCGCUGCAGCAUUAGUUUCAGAAAAUAAGGUUUUGUGUCAUCCCUCAUCUGUGGACUCCUUAUCGACCAGCGCUGCCACUGAAGACCAUGUGUCCAUGGGAGGAUGGGCUGCGAGGAAGGCUCUGAGAGUCAUUGAACAUGUUGAACAAGUACUUGCCAUAGAGCUGCUGGCGGCCUGUCAGGGAAUUGAGUUCCUACGGCCUCUGCGUACUACCACUCCACUGGAGAAGGUCUAUGAACUUGUGCGGAGUGUGGUCAAGCCCUGGAUUAAAGACAGAUUCAUGUCUCCAGAUAUCGAGGCCGUGCACAGACUGCUGAUCGACGAAAAGGUCUGGCAGGUGGCUAAACCGUACAUUGAUAAGUAUGAGACAGAGUACAUCCCUGAGUCUCGUCCUGUUAGCCCCACUGCCUUCUCUCUGGAGUCUCCAGCAUCACCUAGAAAACGAGUUCGCCUUGAAUGAACAAUGAUUUUAUAACUAAACAUGAUUUUGGAAAUUUAGAGGCCCUUACAACAGUUGAUAUAAUUGCAUAAAUAAAUAUGAACAACUAGAUACAUACAAUCCAUGACACAGGCCUAUUGUUCAGUAGCCUACUAAAUCAUUUUAAUUAUUUGCCUAUAACCUGUACUAUUUAAAUGUACAUUUAUCUGAACCUUGACACCAUUUAAAUGUCUGAUUGCCUGUGCAUUGUUGUUCUAGGACUACCUCAGUCAGUGUUUAAUAUGAAUUAUCAACAAUAGAAUGUCAUAAAUAAGAAAUGUGCCAAAUAAAACAUAGAAUCUAUAUCAUAAG